AAUCCCCAGUCGGGGAGAGCUGCUCAGGUAGAAGCUUCUGAGCUGGUCCUCUGACCUGUGGGGUCAGGGGUCCGUGGAUAGGGGAGGCCUGGCUUUACUCCGCUUCUUUCUCUGGGCUCUGUGGUGCCCAUUGCCUAGGAAAACCUCCAGGCUCAGCAGGUACAUGGGGUGGGGAAGGGUGGCUCCUGUCCAGGAAGUAGGGUGCAGCCUGGAGACGGGUAGGUACAGAGGCUAGGUUCUGGGUCAGGACAAAAAGAGUUAAGUCUCAGACUGGUUUUGAGGGUCAUAGCUGAGGUACACCUUGCCUCCUCAACCCGUGAAGGGCUUCAUUGAAGCAGACUGGCAAGCGCCUGGGGGAAGGGCCAUAGAUUGCUUCUGACCCACGUUAGGCCUAACUGGGAGGUUAUCGGUUGGCCUGAGGGAGCUAGUGAGUAGGUUUAGAAACUGACUGCUGGCCAUCAGGUGCUAAAAUCCACCAUGCAGCCAUGACGGAAACAGGAGAGAGUGGGUCAGGUACCACAGAUAGGCCAAAGCCAUUGGUUGCGAGCAGUAGGGUGACCUGGGACAAGCAAGUGGCCAUUUACCUGGAAAUGGUUUGGCAGGUAGCCAGAACUGUCAGGACAGGCAGGUUAUCCUGACCGGCCUGGGGCAGCAGAGGGCCGCCUAAGGCUUCUGUGGCUCCAAGUGGGAGGUGGGCCUGCCUGUGAUUUGCAGAGGCAACUACUACAGUGGGAGAUGGUGAAAGGCGGAUAGUCUGUAGGGAUUGGGAGUCAGGGGCAGCUUCAGGGAGCUGUAUAGAUGUUUACAGGGCUAUCCUGACCCCAGAUGGUCAGUCCCCAAAGGCCAUCCAGACCCUCCAGGACCUGGCCUCUUGAGGCCUUGUGUGGCUCCAAUGGCAGCCUCCCAGCUGGCCGCGCUGGAAGGAGAGGAGUUGGGGGCUGGCGAGUCAGCCCUGAGCAAGGCCGAGCCUGGCUUCCUGUACUCUGAGGGCCAGCGGCUAGCUCUCGAGGCUCUGCUGAGCAGCGGGGAGGAGGCCUUCCGCGCUUGUGUGCUGCAGGAAAGGUUGCCUCCCUUUCUGAGUGCAGACGAAGCCCAGGCUCUGGCUGCAGCUGCUGAAGACUGGACAGUCCCGAGCCAGGAGCCUGGUGGAGCAGGAACGGGCUGCAUCGCUGAUAGGGAGAUUGGCAGUCUGACCUACUGGCCUAGGCAGUCUGAGGAGCCAGCGCCCCUGCUGCGGCUGGGCUGGCCCGAGGACACGGCCUGGAAGGGCAUCACCAGGGCACAGCUCUACACCCAGCCUCCAGGCGAGGGCCAGCCACCUAUUAAAGAGCUGAUACACCAGGAGAUCCAGGCUGCCCGCAAGCUGGUGGCUGUGGUAAUGGAUAUGUUCACCGACCCUGACCUGCUCACAGACAUGGUGGACGCUGCCACGCGCCGCUGGGUACCUGUCUAUUUACUGCUUGACCACCAGCAUCUGCCUGCCUUCCUGGCACUAGCCCAGCAGCUAGGGGUGAACCCCUGGACCACUGAGAACCUGGACAUCCGGACCGUGCGAGGCCACACCUUCCAGAGCCGCAGGCGACGGCAGGUGAGCGGCCAUAUGCGGGAGAAGUUUCUGCUGCUGGACGGUGACAGGGUCAUCUCGGGAUCCUACAGCUUCACAUGGAGCGACUCGCGCCUACAUCGGGGCCUGGUGACCUUGCUCACGGGGGAAAUCGCAGAUGCCUUCAGCCAGGAGUUCCGGGUCCUGUAUGCGGCCUCUAGGCCGCUCCCACCACCACCAGCUCGAAGCCCCUUGUCCAGCCCUCCUGAGGGCCAACAGCCACCUCGAAGCCCACACCGCGUGGCCCUGCGCUGUCCUGUGGCCCCCGUGGCCCCAUUGCUGUCUGACGGACCUUUGGCUCACCGCCUGGCUACCUGUCACAUCCUUGAGGGGGACAGACGGGAGACCCUCUCCCCUGCAGGGCCAGCUCUCAGUGACAUCUUGAGGAGUGUACAGCGCACCAGGACGGCCAGUGGUCCCCCAACCCGGCCCAGCCGCUCCCUUUGGGAUCUUAGCCGAUUGUCCCAGCUCUCUGGCUCCAGUGAUGGUGACAAUGAGCUCAAGAAGUCCUGGGGCUCCAAGGACACUCCAGCCAGGGCCCUGAUGAGGCAGCGGGGCACUGGAGGCGGGCCCAGGGGUGAGAUGGAUUCCUGGUCACAGCCCUGGAGUGGUCCCCUACCCGGAAUUCCAGCCCGCCGCCUGCGUUACCAAUCCCCAGCCCAAAGGAGGCUGGGAGACAGUGCCGCAUUGGACUGGGCCUCUGGCUUGGGCCCUGGGAGGCGACGCUGAUGGGAGCCCUGGCCAGAUGUGGCUGGCCAGCCGUGGGACAGCUCAGAGCCCUUACCAGACACUGGCUGUGUCUGAGGCCUCUGGACUCAGAUCUGGGCAGUGGAAGGGGUGGGUCUAGAUUGCUCUUAGGGCUCAGUGUCACCAUCUGGGACAUGG